AUGUGCUUCGAUUCUUGUGGUGAGUCAGUCGGAAAUGUUACCCUUUUCAGCAGCCAAUUAAAUUUGCCCGAUGCUUCCAACAUGGAAGCCCAAAUCAGGUCAGAUAGGCCAGCCACUCGAGCCAUUAACGCGACCGUCAUCUCUCCUUACGGCCACAGCUUCCCAAAGCAGAAUGACGAUGACGACGACGACCUCUGCCAUCGACAUUACCGCCACCACAGACACGGUGUCAAGGCAGCCACAUUGACCACGAUCAUCAUAUCAGAGCCCCACUCACCCCGUGCUUCUCUCUUUUCUUCUUUUUGUUUUCUCUUCACUUUCAUAUACAUUCUUUCUCAUCUUUUCAUCCUUUCUCUCUCUCUCUCUCCCUCACUCUCUUCCUUCUUCUUCUCUUCUUUCUUUCUUUUUCUUUCUUUCAUUUUGCAUUUUCUUUGUUUCUGUUCGUAUAUUCUUGUUCUCUUUUCUUUUCUUUUUCCUUCAUUUUCGACGUUUCUUUCCGUUCGUAUUUUUCUUUCUGUUUUCUUUAUUUUCAUAUUUUCUUUCUUUUUUCUCGUAUUUCCUUUCUUUCCAUCCUUUAUUCAUUCCUUUUCCUUCGUUUAUUUUCGUAUUUUCUUUCUUUCUUUCUUUCUUUCUUUCUUUCUUUCUUUCUUUCUUUCUUUCUUUCUUAUGUUCUGA